AUGCCGAUGGAGGACCUCGCCAAGGGCGACGGGUUGGCUUCGCCGAUCGAGCGCCAACCAGCGGAGUUGUGCUUGCGUGUGCCGCGUAGGCUCGAGCUGAAGCAGCUCGCGGAGCUCGGCCUCAUGCCGGAGAAGGAGGCGCGGCCGCUGUUGUGGACGCUGAUGAGCGCGGGCUUCGCGUCGCUGCAAGAGGCGCCGCCGGUGCCACGGUCGGUGGAUCACAACCCGCGCACCACCUGCUACCUGUGGUACGUCGACCUGCCGCGCGCCUACCGCGCGCUCGAGGCGCAGCUUCUGCAGACGCACGCCCGCCUCGCGACGAUGCUCGAGGCGGAGCAGAGCAAAGCGGGCGAGCAGCCAACCUCCUCGCCCCCGCCGCCCACCCGCCGCUCGGCGAUGAUCGAGGCACGACCGCGAGGGGCGGCGCUGCUGCGGACGAGCGAGACGCUGAUGCUGGUGAGGUAUGUCUAG